AUGCUUCUCAUUUGUCGUCUCCUGCCCAUCGUGGCUAUGUCCAUCUCUGCAGUGGUGAUCCCCAGUCCACCCGGACAAUACGACGUGUUCUACAACACGGCGAAAAUGAUCGAAAAGACCAGAGUCGACCCGUUUGAUCCCAAGAACGGAUCGCGUGCAGUGAUGACUUCGGUCUUCGCCCCAACCCACUGCAAAAUCGAUCUCGAGAAGAUAAACUACCUGCCCCCCGCAACAGCCGAAUACUACUCUGACCUAUACAGCGCGCUGGGACUUCCCAACGGGACUAUCCAAUCCAUCUCGUUCCAAGCGUGCCCAGAGCCGCCGAAAGGCCGCCACCUCCAGUUUUCCGUUGUGAUCUUCUCGCCUGCUCUUGGCACGACCCGCCUGUUCUACAAUGCCAUUGCACAGGCCGUCGCCAGCGCCGGGUAUAUCGUGGUGUCUAUUGACCAUCCCUAUGAUGCCGAGUUCCUCGAGUUUCCGGACGGAAGAGUCGUGACUGCCGCAAAUAUCACUGACGCGUAG